AUGGAGGCAGUCUCAGCGGCGGCCAGCAUCGCUGGGCUUCUCUCCGUCGCCGGGCAUGUCGUGAAUGGUCUCAUCAAACUCAAUGGAUUCGUCCAGGCUGCAAAGGAAAUGGACAUUCGAACCGAGUCCUCGAAUGCCAAAGUUGGGCUUCUUUCUGAAACCUUAGAAGACAUAAAGGCUUUGCUCCAGGUCUAUGAAAAAAACCUUGCCUCGAUUAUCGAGACAUCUUGGGAGCCGAACAUUUCUACACUCCGAUCACAUCUCGUUCGCUGCGGAAAGGACCUCGACGAAUGGUCCAAGUCGUACAAGAGCGUCGGGAAGUCAACAUCGAAGCGACGGAAGUUCCUAGACAUCAUUCAAAACAAGCGCCUUCGGGGCAUCUCGGAUAUGGAAAUUAAAUUGACGGCUCACCGCUCCCAAUUGAUUUUUGACCUCAGUGUUUUGAAUGCGUGA